CAUCCCAUGUUUAGGGAUAAGAAAACUGAGGCUCUGAGAUAUUAAGUCACUUGUCUAAGGUCUUACAGCUGGUGGGUAGAAGCUUAGAAUUUCUCCAGUGGUGCAUGUGACCGGGCCCUGCUGGUCUCUGACCUCAUCUCCCUGGAAUCACAGGCUCCUUCAUUACGCUUCGGCUGCUUGGGCCUUGUUUAGGUCCCUCCAACUUGCCAAACUUGUUUCUGCCUCCGGGCCUUUGUGCUGGCUGUUCCACCCUACACCCAGAUGUUUACAGGGCGGCCUCUUCCUUGUCAUUCAUUCGCAUCUCAGUUCAGAUGUCACCCAGAGAGACCUUUGACCUCCAAAUUUAAAGUGGCUCCACUUUCCAAACCACUAUUACAUCCCUCUUUCAUGUUCCGGAUAGUACUUCUUAGUCACUGACAUUACCUGUGUACUUAUUUGUCUUGCACUCCUGGAAUGUGACUCCAUGGCCCUUUAACCCCCAGUACCUGAAACUGCUCGAUAAUUAUUUUUUUAAAAUAACUAGAAUACAAACCAACCUGCCAAACUCAGGCCUGUACAAUACACCACAGCAUCAUAAACCUUUUCCAGCAGUUUUUAGAUUAAAUUUUAAUUAAUGCCACCUUCAAGGUGAUCAUUUCUGGAUCCCCAUCUCCACUUAAUUACAUCAGAAAGUAUAAUUAUCACAGCUUUUAGGCCAGAAAUUUGGGAGGGUAAGUAAUAGAUCCCUUGUGGAAGAAGGAAGCCGCGUAAGGGUUAUGCACAGUUUUUCACACAUCAAGGGAUCUUCUUUCCCUUCGCCCAGUUAGGAUGGAGCCCUAGUACACAAUUUCACGGAGCCAGGAGUGCACUGUGGGCCUGGAAUGGGGUGAUGAGUAAAAGUAGGCAAGGUGACUUUGAUUCCUGUUUUGCAGAUGUGACUGCUGGGUUUAAUGUUAGUAACCCAGGUGGAAUUGAUUUGGAGACAGACCUAGCACUCUCUGUCCUAUGAUUUAGUCUAGCCUCAAGCUCAGCGUGUUUUCUCUCCCUCUGUUUGCCUACACAGUAAAAAGGCACGUAGCUCAGGAUAAUGUAGGCUGUAGCUGGACAAAUCCAGCCCCCAAGCACCUGUAUGGGUAGCCAGGAGGGAGUGUCGAAUCUGGGUUUUGUGAACUUUAUGGAGGCACCUCACAGCCACAGUUCACACUCACUGGGCCGGCCCACAGACUCAGGAGCCGCUGGUAUUCGUUGUUGUAAAGCAGAACGGAUGACAUUUCAGGAUGAAAGAAAUGUCCGGACCCUAUUUGUCAGUGGUCUGCCCCUGGACAUCAAACCUCGGGAGCUCUAUCUGCUUUUCAGACCAUUUAAGGGCUAUGAGGGUUCUCUUAUAAAGCUCACAUCUAAGCAGCCCGUAGGUUUUGUGAGUUUUGACAGUCGCUCAGAAGCAGAAGCUGCGAAGAAUGCUUUGAAUUUCAGCCCAGUCAUAUCCCAUGGUGGUGUACAGCUUAGUUUGGCCAUCACUGUGCUCUCAAAGGGCAUCCGCUUCGAUCCUGAAAUUCCGCAGACACUACGACUAGAGUUUGCUAAGGCAAACACGAAGAUGGCCAAGAACAAACUAGUAGGGACCCCAAACCCCAGUACUCCUCUGCCCAACACUGUACCUCAGUUCAUUGCCAGAGAGCCAUGUCCCAGGUGUGUGAUGGUGGCUGCAAUCUGUCUUGUGGGUAUUAAUGCAUCUUCAGUGGUGGCUACUCUUCUCGAGCUGUUCUACAAAACUGGAGCAUGCUGGCUUGAAAAAACCUUGCCCAGUUUUGAUCCCUUCAAGACUUUGCCACAGCCUCUAUCACACAUCUGUUUUUCUUGAAGAAAAAAAUAUAAUAAAAAUGUUUUACUCUUUUACACUGUAUAAUUUUAAGAAAAAGUGUGUUAUUUGUGAAUGCAUGGUCUGACGUACAUUUCUGUACAGUGUGGAGAUAUUUUCAAAUGAAACAUAAAAGAUGUCAACAAUAAACCAAGAGUGAGUAUUUUUAUACCAAACAUUGAAAUAUGAUAGGAUGAUCUUACACUGGGUUGGAUCACAAUUUUUGUUCUUGACUUUUGAAUGCCUAUAAUUAAAAAAUAUCUAUUUUUUCUCUAGAAUAGCUGCAUGUUUGAGGCAUGUUUUUAAAUAUGAACAUUUCCAGAAUCUCAUGUGAAUGUAUAGAAAUCUGUGCCUGGCCUGAGUCCAGAGUGAAUGAGAAAUGUGGAGUUAUUAGAUGUUAGAAAGAGAGAUGUGCUGUCUGCAGUACAAGGUGUGCGCUGGCAGGUCUAGGAUAUCUUGCAACAUCAUCGCAAGCCUCCUCGAGCUGCUACCAUGGUGACACGCUCACAGCUGUGGGCAAAGAAGCCUUUCCCUGAUCAGAGGGGCCCUUAGAAAACCCUGGCAGCUCCAGAGGUAACAGUCUGUCUCACUGAGAGGGAAACCUUGGCUCUGCGAGGCCAGUGCUGCCUCAGGAAGCUGGCUUUGCCCAUCCUGCAUAGCUGCAGUGGGCAGCUCAUGUCUCCUAAGUGAUAUUGCGAAAUACUGGCUGAGCUGGUGCUGGCAGCACCAUGCCAAUGAGCCAUUCCAAACAUGAUCUUAAACCCUAUGCACUCACUGGGGGUGCUUGCACCACACCAGCCCAUGGAGAUGGUGCAGCCAGUGGGCAUUUGAAAUGAAUACUGCUUCAAGACUUCUUCAAAACCAAAGUUAGUCUUGCAUUGUAAGCUGACACAUUUCCAGAGUCUUGACAGCUCAGUCUCCCCUCAUAGAAGAGCCAGGUGUAAAAAUAUAUAUUGACCUAAGGAUUUCAACUGCUGAUAUGCCAAAACGUGAUCAUAAUCUUUCUUAACUGACCUCACGUUGUGCUACAGAUCUCAAUGUUUUAAUGAUUAUAUGGUUGGGUUAGGGUUUGUUUCAUUGUUUUCCAUUAGAAAUAAACAUGUCAAGAAGCUUUUAAAGGUCAUCACACAAAAAACGAGAAGGACCAGGAAAGAGGCCUCUUACCUUCAUAAAUGAGGCCCAGGGCACUGACAGCAGCAUGGGCGGCUGUGUUCAAGCCCUGGAUGCCUUCAGCAUGCCUGGCUCUCGGUGAGACUUCUACACUUGUUUCUAAGGAAAGCAGCAACUUUCACACUAUUAUGCUUUUAUACACUGUUUAAAGGUACUUUUCUAUUGUCAUUUUAAAAAUAAAGUGCUUAUCUCGGCUGUCA